AUGUCGGUGACUGACCAGGCCUUCGUCACACUGGCCACCAACGACAUCUACUGCCAGGGGGCGCUGGUCGUGGGGCAGUCGCUAAGGAAACACCGAGCCACCAGGAGACUGGUGGUACUCGUUACUCCCCAGGUGUCUCACCUGCUCAGGACUGUGCUUUCCAGGGUGUUCGAUGAGGUCAUCGACGUGACCGUGAUCCACAGCGCCGAUUACAUCCACCUGGCCUUCAUGAGGAGACCCGAGCUGGGCGUCAGCCUCACCAAACUCCACUGCUGGACCCUCACCCAGUACAGCAAAUGUGUGUUUCUGGAUGCAGACACACUGGUGCUAUCCAACAUCGACGAGCUGUUUGACAGGACCGAGCUGUCCGCAGCCCCGGACCCAGGGUGGCCCGAUUGCUUCAACAGCGGGGUGUUUGUAUUCCAGCCUUCCCUGGAGACACACAGCCGUCUGCUGCAUCAUGCCACCAACCACGGAAGCUUUGAUGGGGCAGAUCAGGGCUUGCUGAACAGUUUCUUCAGCAGCUGGCCCACGGCUGACAUCCAGAAGCAUUUACCUUUCAUCUAUAACCUCAGCAGUAAUACUGCCUACACCUACAGCCCUGCCUUCAGACAGUUUGGUUCUGGUGCCAAAGUGGUCCAUUUCUUGGGGUCGGCCAAACCUUGGAGCUACAAGUACAACAGGCAGACCGGCUCAGUCGUGGACGACGGCUCCGGCUCAGACUUCCCACACCAGCUGGCGUUUCUCAAUCUCUGGUGGAGUAUUUAUCACAGCCACGUCCUGCCUCUCCUCGAAAAUCUCCAGGAAGUGGACAGAGACCCUUCCCCCAAACACGAGGUUCAUGCAGGUGGCGUGGGCGAGCGCAGUGUUCAUGCAGCGUUGGAUUUCCACGAGCCCCCACCCCUUGGAGGACCCCCAGAGAGAACCAUAGUGGAAGUGGUGGAUGACACCCCGUCUUGCCGCGAAGGGAGACAUCGGGAAGAGGUCCAGCUGGCCUUUUCCGUGUCGGAAAUCUCCAUUGAGGAGAAGGCCCGGGAGCUCAGUCCACAGGAGGAGCGGAGGAAGUGGGAAGAGGGCCACAUCGAUUACCUGGGAAGGGACUCCUUCACACGGAUUCAGGAGAAGCUGGACCGCUUUCUGCAGUGA